AUGACCCACUGCACAUCACACGGCACAGAAAAGCUGACCCAGCAGGGCCACUGCGCCUUUACAUCGCGAGACUCAUUAAAGCAGGUUGAUGUCGACCACACAGAGCCGUUGCUGGCGACACCAGCAAACGGAGAUGUCAAGAAUUCCGGCAUCCCACACAGCCCCAAGGCACCAGCAGAGCAGAGUGGUGCAGCCUCGUCCUCAAGAGAAACACCGGUCCAGGAAGACGUCUGCGGCACGGAUCAGUUUCAGGUGUCUCCAGAAAGAGAAGGUGUGAUGAACCACUGUAACUCGCACAGACACGAGGAGCCAGCAGAGCAGAGUGGCGCAGCCUCGCACUCAAGAGAAACCCCGGUCCAGGAGGACGUCUUCGGCACGGAUCAGUUUCAGGUGUCUUCAGGAAGAGGUGUCAUGAACCACUGUAACUCGCACAGACACGAGGCGCCAGCAGAGCAGAGCGGUGCAGCCUCGCCGGUGCAGGAAGACGUCUGCUGCACGGAGAGACUGCUUGUCGCGCACCUGGCGAGGAGCGGCUUCUCCCAGCCCGCCCCGCGGCCCUGGGCCCUAGCCCGCUCCGGCAUCAGCGGCAGGGGCUUGGUGGCCACCAGGGACCUGCAGGCAGGGGACCUGGUGCUGGUGGACGGCCCCCUGGUGCUGGCGCCCCGCGCCUCGCCGCGCUCCCCCCCGCUGUGUGCGGCGUGCCACCGGGGCGGGGUGCCCCUGCAGGCGUGCGCCGCGGGCUGCGGCCUGCCCCUGUGUGCCCGCUGCGACCGCUCGCCCGCUCACCGCCCGGAGUGCAGCGCUCUGCUGGCCUGGAGGGGCGGCAAGGUGGCGGGCAGCUGGAGCCCGUGCCUGCUGUGGGUGCUGGGGGCGGUGCGCUGCCUGGGGCUGGGGGCGGCGGACCGGGAGGUGCUGCGCUGCCUCCUCGCCCAUGGCGGGCCCACGCAUGCCGUCGAGCUGGAAAUCCUGGAGAAAGAGCUGAACGGUGGACCAGGCCCCACCGAGCCAGAGCGGGACUUCAUGCGGCUGUCCUGCCGGGUGAUGGACGCAAACGCGUUCGAGACGCCCCAGCCUCCCGAAGAGGACGAGGCGGGCCCACCGUCGCCGAGCCUGAGGGGCCUCUACCCGGUGGCGGCCAUGAUGAACCACGCGUGCAGCCCCAACACGAUGCACGUGUGCGGCAAGGGGCACCGCAUGGUGGUGCGCGCGGCGGCGGCGGUGCGGGUCGGGGAGGAGCUCACCAACUCGUACACCACCCUGCUGUGGGGCACGCUGGCGCGCAGGCGCCACCUGCUGGCCACCAAGCACUUCCUGUGCAGGUGCGAGCGCUGCAGGCACCCACAGGAGUGGGGGGCCAGGCUGAGCGCCCUGGCGUGUCCCCGGCAGCUCUGCGGGGGCUGCGUGAUGCCCUCCGACCCGCUGCAGCUGAGCCCCGCCUGGCGGUGCGACGCGUGCGACGCCCAGCUGUCGGGCCGGCAGGCGGCCGCGGUGCAGGCGGCUCUGGGCAGGCUGCUGGAGCACGUGGACACGAGCAGUCCGGGGGACAUCCGCCGGUUCCUGGCUGACCAGGCGGGGGCGCUGCCUGCUUGCAACCAGGUGGCGGUGCAGCUAAAGUGCGACCUCAUCUGCCAGUACGGCCACCGCGAGGGACAUCUGUACACCGAGCUGUCUGACAGCCACCUGCAGCACAAAGAGACCCUGUGCAAGGAGAUACUACACCUUCUGGAGAUUCUGCGUACUGGCCAGUGCAACAUGAAAGGCCUGAUCUGCUACGAGCUGGCGUGCACCCUGCUGGAGCAGAGGAGGAGACUCUCGCAGGGCGACGGUGGCGCCGCGUCUCAGCGGCGGUGCGAGACGGCGGGCCGGGAGGCGCGCGCCGCGCUGGAGCAGUCGGCGCUCAUCUUCCAGGGAGACGCCACGGCUCCGGCGGGCCUCUGGAGGCUGCUGGACGAGACUUCGACGGCCGACCACUUGGCGUCGCCGGGGCUCUGA